AUGUCCAGCCGCGAUGGGACGCCAACGCCAACAACCAUCCGCCAGGUCGUGCGUGAACCCAUGGCUCAAGUCUGGGGCACUGAGGUUCUAGCCCUCAAAGCAAACAGGCACAGUUGCGAAUCCACUGAUGGCUCCUUUGUUGUGGGAACGGAGGACCUGUCCAGCUUUGAGGGUGAGGAGUCCGACGAGAAGCUGCUGGCCUUGCUCGGUGACCUUGCCUUGGGUGCCGAGGAGGUCGAGGAGGACCCAGCUGCCCGCGUGCUUCUAGACGAGUGUGGCGCCUUAUGGGAGGAAGUGCAUAUGGAAGCCGAGGCCCAGCGCGAGAUGCAGUGCCGGCUUCGCCGGGAGCUGCAGCACCUGCAGGACAGGAGCCACUGGCAGCAUGCGGAGUCUGGAGCUUUUCUGCAGCGACUCUCGGUCGCCAGGGAGGCCUUGGCUGAUAAGAUCCGGGAGGCCACAGACGAGAAUGAGGCUUUGCGACAGAGGCUUCGGCGGCAUCAUACGGACGAGGAACGACUGCGCUGUGGACUUGCCGAAGAUCUUCGUUGCUUGGAUGCCCGGGCCGCGGAGCUGCGGGCGGCGAUCUUCGAAACGGGCCAAAGUCAGGCGGAGCUUGUGGAACGCCUGCGAGCCGUCACCAAUACCCAGGCUCAUUUGCAGGCAGAGCUGCAGCAGGAGCGGGUGAAGACCUGGCGCCAGUCCACCGAUGUCGUCAUGGCCUUUGCUGGCGGCAAGGACGGUGGCAGGGAGCUGGAGCGCGAGGAGGCUGAGAGGCUCCUCUUGGAGUCACAGCUCACAGAGGUGGCCUCGCGUGCUGCCGCCGCUGGCAUCCCACGCCUAUGCGACGAGGAGCCCGAGGUGGCCGAGGCUGUCUUGGCAGCUGCUGACACCGUGCCCUUUGCAACGUUGCAGGGCCAGCUAGACAGCUUCGAGGAGUUGCGUGGUGUUUUGGAAGCUUUGGAGGGCAGCUGCGCUCUGUCCACGGCCCAACAGAAGGAGGAGGAGGAGAAGCUGGGUGCCGAGCAGCUCGAGCUUUCCCGGCUUGCCGCAGAGAUGGCGACUGCCGAGGCCGCAGCGCAAGGUCCAGAGGUGGAUCAGGCCUCGAGCCUUGUGUCAGUGCUCUGCGGCGAGCUGCAGAGCGAGCAGGCAGUGCUACGGCAAGAGCGGGAAGCGGCUGCGCGGCGCCGGGAGCUCUUUCGCUCCCAGGUUGAGCAGAAGCGCCGGGAACUCGCACGGUUGCAGGCACAGCUGUUAGAGAGGAGGGUUAAAUGCGAGAUGCAGAACGGCCCAGACGCCGGCAAUGUCCCUGAGGACCUGAACGACAAGCUUGUGGAGGUCGAUUGGCGCCUAGGUUUCGCGCUGUUGCUGGCCUACUUCUUCAUUACUGUGGGCUUUGCUGUGAACGUGGACCAGGAGCCCAGGCUUGCAAAAGGCCGCAGUGCUGCUUGGGUGUUGGUUUGCUGCCAACUGCUGUUUCUUGGUUCCUGGCUCGCAGCUGGUGGGGAGGUCUUCGAGGAGGCGGAGUAUGCAGAGGCUGGGGCGCCUCCAGACACGAGCCAUGUGGUCUUCGGCGGUCAACUUUACUUUUCGUCUUCAGACUUGCAUGGCAGGCUUCUGAUGCAGAGCAAUGGAACCUCCGUUGCUCCUGUCCCUCCAGGUGUCCGUGAUGCCCAUGGUUUCCGGGAGAUUGACGGACGUCUCAUGUUCUUUGGCGCCGCAGACGGACACGUGGACAGUGGCGAGAGCGUUUGGGCAAUCUCUGCUAGUGAUGCUGAUGCGGAGCUGUUACGAGGGCCCUUCCAGGAGACCCUCAGCUGGACAACGGCCCGGGACCUGGUCUUCAAGGCUGUGGGCACCUGCGGUCCCUUCCGCAAAGAGACGCUCUACUCCAACCUCAGCCUCGUCGGCCAGGACCUUCCGCCGGACUGCGAUGACCUCGCGGCAGGGCUGGAGCCCAGGCCCAGCACCUCACGGCUCCUGGGUGUGCUCUUCUUGGGAGUGCUUCCACAGACAGGCCUCGGUGCUUAUCUUCUGAUCCGGAAGCAGGUGCCUGGUGCAUUCGUGAGCGUUUUUGUGGGCGCCUAUGCUAUGGUGUUGCUGAUCCACCUGCUGAUGCAGGGUCACCUGGUGAACCUGUUGUUCUUCCUCCAGGCUUCGUCUUUGACCUACACGGCCAGCUCCUGCCUCGCUGUGGCCGCGAAUCAGGUGGCCUGGAAACGCGGCAGUGGCUUCGUACUGGCACUGGGCGAUUGGGCGUCCGGCGCGUCGGCUUUGGGCCUGGCCAGUGCCCUGGCACUCGCGCUUCCCGAGCUGCCUGCGGCUGCGGCUGCCUGUGUUUUUCUAGUGCUGGCGCCUUUCCUCAAAAAUGCGAUCCCAGCCCAGUUAGCCGUGGUGGGAUUGUUGGUGCUCUGUUCCAAGGUCGCCGUCUGGGAUGGCCCCUGGGGCCGAGGCCUCCCUGACUUUCACCUGCCGUUGGCCUUCUACCUUCUGAGCGUCUUGGUGCUACUUGGAGAGGAAGCCUAUGCAUCACAGCGGCCGAGUCUGGAGGCGUGGCUGCAAUUGGCUCCAAAAGCCCCGGGACCGGAUCCGCCGGAGUCCAGCGCCGAAGUGGCCGAAGCAGAUGCGGGCAUGGCUGAGGAGCCUGUGCUGGAGCCGGAAGAAGACCAGCGCCAGACAUGGCUACUCCUGCAGGCAAUGCCCAUGCAGCAGUUGCUUCUGCUUCAACGGACGCAUCUGCACAAUGGCAGCAGUACAAACUCGUACAAGGCCGAUGAGGAGGCGUGCUAA